AUGUCAGAAAUGGAUAAGCUCAAAAUAACUCGCCCAUUGAGUGCUGUCGAGUUUGCAUUUGGACCUUCCGACCUCUCCUCUCAACAAACAGGUCUUGACCCCAGUUUUGCGACUGCACGACACGGACAGACUGCACCUUUGGACAUAACGCAAUCGUUUGAGGUUCUCGUCGCUGGGUAUGAUAUAUGGGCCCACGUAAUGACCUUUAUUUUCAAUGAUGGGCGACGCGCACCGGGAAUGUGUGCACCGCAGAAUUGCCCGUGGGCACUGGAAUCACCAUGGUCUAAAACGAUGCGUCACCUUGAAGAGUGGAGGGCCAGUCAACAUCACAGACUCCACUAUCCGAACAACAGCGUUGUGGCUCAUACCACUUUAGGAUGGGGCGAAUCUUUCACGUAUAUCAAUUUGCUCUAUUACACUUCUACCAUCAUGCUCCAUCGCGAGUAUUUUCCUUUCUUACCUACACCGGCAUCUGUUCCUAGAGGCCCAGUCGAUCAGCCGACCCUCGAGGCGGAAGCACCAGAAGGCUGGUGGGAUGAAAGCGCCUCGGUGCUUUUUGGCGCAGCAGAACAGAUUGCCAAACUAUUGCACGAUGCCUCCGACUGUGGAUCAGAAAUGCUUAUCCCAUUUGUUGGGUUCUGUGCUUUUUCUGCGGCAUAUAUGAACCUUUAUGCCUUCCUAUUUCCACAAAUGAAUCUUGGCCGCAGUCCAGAUGCAGAAACUCAUCUCAAGUACUGCCUUGCCUAUCUUGAAAAAUUCAGACAUGUGUGGAAGCUUGGUGAAAGUUGGAUCGCAACUAUCAAUCAUGCAACCAUUUUGUAUCAACGGGCAGCAUCCGACAAAUCACGAUACCAAGGAAAGACGCGGAAGGAUUUCAAUGUUUUGCACCAAUCUUUACAUGAAUUCCGCGUGCCUGAUAGAUCUGAUCAGCAUCUCCAGGAGAUUGAGGGCGCGGAAGCAACUUCUGUCCCGUUGAUUCCUGAUCCCGUCCUGGAAUCUAAUAUUGGAUCUGAUAUGCUAGAUCUGGACAUGCCUCUCAGCAAUUUACUGAAUGAAGUCAGUACGUAUGCUCAUGAGCAGGGCAUGUGGUCACAUUGGUGGCCUCCAUUGGACGAGGUCAACCUGGCACCUCACGAUAUACAGCCAUAA